AUACGGGCUUCUCGGCCCCCAAAAGUUCUCCUCGCCGGCGGUUUCGUUUACGAGUUCCACUCCGAAUCCCAAAACCCUAACACAACCCCGCUCCACCGCCGCCGCCAUGGGAGGAGGAGGAGGAGGAGGAGGGCGCAAGCCCCGCAAGUUCGCCACGUUCCGGCUGUUCCCGCGCGCCGGCGCCGCCGACCCCAACGACCGCGUCUUCGUCCGCGUCGACAACAACGACUACUCCGUCCCCGGCUUCGGCGACGACGAGGACGCCUUCGACCCCUCCCUCUCCCCCGCUGCCGCCGACCGCUUCUCCUCCGGCUCCGGGCCGCUCCCCGACCACAUCCGCCGCGAGAUCCUCGAGCUCGGCCUCCCGGACGACGGCUACAACUACCUUCACCACCUCCGCGAGCUCCGCCCCUCCGCCGCCGCCGCCGCCUCCUCCUUCGUUCCCAACCAGGAUGCCCCGCCCCUCCCCCUCGACGUCAAGGCGUAUGAUGCCAGUAGGGUGCGGAUUGCUUCCGGCAAGGCCGAGGAUGAACUGGACGAGGGGAGGACGAUGUGUAAGGUGGCCGCGAAGACGGCGCCCCUGAGGCGGAUUGAGAGGGCCGUCGACCCUGACAUCGCGAGGUUGCUCGAUGAGAGCGAUGUCUCCCAUGGCGGGUCAGAGGAUGAGGGGCUGGAGGAGGAUUUUGUCGUCAUGGCAAACCGGGCCGAGGACGAUGAGGAAGAAGAAGAAGAGGACGAAAUGGUGGAUGAUGUGUUCUUAAGUGAUGUUGAAGAGGAAGAGGAGUUGGAGGAGGAUGAGCCCAAACAGAGGGUGCGGCGGUUGCUGGAUGAACAGUUUGAUUUGCUGGCUUUGGAAGAAUAUGGUGACAGUGAUGAUGAUGAUCAAGGUGUUAGAGAUGGUGAAUGUGAACUGCCUACUGAGGUUAUCGAUGAACUGAAAUUGUUCCAUAGUCAAAAUGUAUCUGUUACAGAAGAAUAUAGAACACCGGCAGAUUUUGUUCGUAGAAAAUUGGAUUUGAGCACUGCAGAAGAUGUGGAUGAAUCUGCUAAUGUCAUCCAAAAAUGUGCCGAAUAUGCUGAAAGGUAUUUAAAUGAAACUGCAGAAGAGGAAGAGGUUGUACUUGUUUCAGAAAGCAGUGAUGAGUCUGAAGUGUGGGACUGUGAGACUAUUGUUACUACAUACUCAAAUCUUGAUAACCACCCUGGAAAAAUUCAAACACCAGGAAGUCCUAAGAAAAGGCUCCCUAAAGUUUUUCCUGGAGAAACAGCAACAACAAAAGAUAUCAUCAAGCUUCAAGGGAAAGAGAGACUUCCAGUAGAAUACCUACCUCAGAGGAAAAGAAAAGGUGAGAAGGAGAAGGCAAAACCAACAGAAGCUCCAAGUGAUGAAGAUUUUAAGAAAGGAGCUCAAAAGGAAACAAAGGAGGAAAAGAAAGCAAGAAAGGCGGCAGUGAAAGAAGAGAAGAGAGAAGCACGAAAAGCAAAGAAAGAGCUGAAAGGCCUGUACAAAUUUGAAACACAGAAGGCUCAGAAGGUUGCUGCUGUUACAGGGCCAGCUUCUAUAAGGCUAAUGUAAUAGUCCUGUUGAUCUGAAAGCAUGUUCCGUUGGGUAACCGCGUAAUCGGAGUCUUGUUGAUCUGUAAGCAUGUUUCUUACUUAACGGCGUAAUUGGAGCUGAAAGGACUAGGAGGUCCCCGUCCUACAAGGUAGAGCAGCAAGAUACUGUCAUACUUUCCUGGGUCAUCUUGUGCCAUGUUUGUGGUUUUUGUCGACUAGAUACCCAGCGUAUACUACAUAUUGGAACUUACGUACCACCUUUAUGAGAAAUAUGUCGUGUAAUGUAAGGCCGUAGGUCAUGUAAUGGACACAGCGAUGUCAUUUUGAAUGUGAUUUUACAUUGAAGGUAACUAAGAUUUUCAUAAUAAUCUGCA